CUAGCUCACACCUGGAAAGCCCGGAGGAAUGAACUAGCUGGGGAUGGUAGGCCGGGCUGCUUCAUGGGGCCGCCCCUUCCCUUCUGCGAUUGGCUGUGCCGCCGUGGGUUCCCCCACCAGGACAUGCACUUGCGCAAAGGCCAAGGCCUCCCGUCGCACCUGAUGGUGGGAGGUAGCAGCCCCUCCUUCUCUUCAACGGGCGGGAGAGUUAGACAGCCACAAAAACACCAUGAAAGAUACUGAUAUCAAGACACUACUAUAUGCUCAUUUUCUAUGCAUAUUUUCAGUUAUUCUAAGUGUCCUUAUUCCAUCAUUCUUCAUGGAGGAUUUUUCAAUAUUGGACACACACUUGACGUGGUUGUGCUUCUGUUCUCUCUUUGUAACUUCAAUCAAUCUUGUAUUAUAUUUAGUACCAAAGCCAAAUGCAUCCUCUAAAAGAAGUUCAUUAUCACAUAAGGUAACCAGAUUUUUGAAAUGCUGUGUCUACUUUUUUGUGUCUUGUUUCUUCUUUCAUGUGAUUUUUGUUUUAUAUGGAGCACCACUAAUUGAGUUGGUGUUGGAAACAUUUUUAUUUGCAGUUAUUUUGUCUACUUUUACUACUGUACCUUGUUUAUGUUUGUUAGGACCAAAUCUCAAAGCAUGGCUAAGAGUUUUCAGUAAAAAUGGAGUUACAUCCAUUUGGGAAAACAGUCUCCAGAUCACUACAAUUUCUAGUUUUGUAGGAGCAUGGCUUGGAGCAUUUCCUAUUCCAUUAGAUUGGGAAAGACCAUGGCAGGUAUGGCCCAUCUCCUGUACACUUGGAGCAACCUUUGGCUACGUGGCUGGCCUUGUUAUUUCACCACUCUGGAUAUACUGGAAUAGAAAGCAACUUACAUACAAGAACAAUUAACUGGAGCAAAGGGAGAAGAUAUUUCUUUGUGCAGACUCCGUAAGGGCUGUGCAGAAAUGUAUAUGGUCAAAGCCAAGCAGUUCCAUUUACAGCACUGUUGUUUUUUUUAAUGUAGUUUCAACAUGAUGUGAUUGUAGCUUUUUGAACUAUGAAAACCCUGAGAGAUUGUACCUUCUAGUUGAAAUAAAGUAUUUAUAAUAGA